AACAGAAGUAUUCGGUUUGAUACUCUUUGAUUAAAUGAGUUAUCUAUGGUUUAAAACGUCAAAUCAAUUUGUGGCUUUGCAUACUCUGUCGCCCUCUUUAAUUUUCUCUUGAUUUAUUGAUUCUUUCGUCACAUCAAAUAAGCAAAAUAAAACGGCGAAAAGCUUUGUAGAAUCGUAAUGAACUAAUUCUUGAAGUUAACCAACUCCCUGUUUCUCGCCGCUAAAAAAUCUAAGGUAGAUGGUGAACACGUAAAAACAAAAACGGUCGAUCAGUUCCAACUGAAUUGAUAUUUACACUGAAAGGUUCAAAUAAUAUAUAAAACUUCAUCUUUUAAAAACCAUACUAAAAUGAGUUACAAUUACAAGGAGGAUGCCAUGGCUUUUUCUCAGUAUUUGCCAAAUGUGGUCAAGUUGGACGAAUUACAAAAAAUUACCCAAAAUUUAGACCACGAACUUGCUGAAUCUCAAAGAAUUAUGAAAGAGAUCAGAACUAUGUUUGAUGCCGCCUCUAAAGUAAACGUUUCACAAGUGAACAAUAAUAAACAGAAUAAAGUAACACAUACGAUUACUUCGGAAUUUCUAGAUGCGAGUGUUCCAAAUUUGAUUAUGUCGGACAUGGAAAAUGUGUCCGAACAUCAAACUUCUGAGGAGGAACUGCAAUCUGUAAUAGCGGUUAUGAACAAUUAUGCUGAAAAUCUGAGAACGCAAGUUACAAGUUCACCAUCACAAACCCUUUGUGGAAAAUUUGAAAAGUUAGAUCUAAAGGAAUAUGCAUUAAAUUUUGAUCAACUUGCUAAAAGUUUGGCCAACAUAAAGUUUAGUAAAGAUGUUAACAACAGAAACCCAGAAUUGGAAGCAAAGUUGGCACAGCUGUGUGAAGAUGUUCAUUCAUUUACUCAGAUGGUAGAAACCAAAACAGCUAUAAGUGAAUGCAACAAAAAUUGGACAGAUAAUCAAAAAGGAAGCGAACAGACAAAUGCUCUAUGUUACGAUGAAACUAUUAACAAAUUACUUAAUGGAAUAAAUGAAGUAACAUAUCUUUUAAAGAAUAAACACUGAACUUUGCAGACAUGUCUGGAAAGUAACAAGUUUAUUGGCUGACAA